AUGGCUUUCAGUCUUAUUGGAUCAAUCUCUCCUUAUGUCACCCCCUGGAGAGGCGUGGCUGCUCUAUGUCUUCUCCCUCUUUUGAUUGUCUUGGGUUUCUACAUCUGUUCGACGCCGAAUAUUCUGAGAGACCUGAGACGACGAAAACUUCCCCCAGGCCCAACAGGACUGCCAUUCAUCGGCAAUCUGUUUGACCUGGCAGACAGUAACCAUGUAAAAGACAAGGCCAUCGAAUGGUGGCAGAAAUACGGAGACGUGUUUUAUACGAGGAUCGGUGGAACAGAUUAUAUCUGGCUAUCGUCACCCAAAGCCGUCAAAGAUCUUAUGGAUAAGAAAUCAAACAUAUAUUCCUCCCGACCGCCCAUGCCUCUGGCCCAGGAUACAGCGAGUGCGGGCUGUCGACAAGUGUUCAUGCCUUAUGGUCCACGGCACCGUACUGUGCGCAAGAUCAGUCACGACCUCCUGAACAUCAACGCAACUGCGCAAUACCAACCGAUCCAAGAUGUCGAAUCCAAACAGCUAAUGUUCGAAUUGCUUGAAGAUCCCAACGGCUUUUACGACUAUAACCGGCGCUAUUCCGCGAGCUUGAUUUGCCGAAUCAUAUAUGGCGAACGAAUUCAGGAUUGGACAGAUCCAUUGAUUCAAAAAAUCUUCAGCGUCCUGAUCAAUCUGUCUGAUAUCUCGAGUCCCGGGGUUCAUCUGAUUGACACCUUUCCAGCACUCAAGAUUCUGCCGCAGUGGAUGUGCAAUGAUUGGAAGAACUACGCACGAAAAAUAUGUGAGCAUGACUCAGGCAUCUAUUUAGAGCUUUGGAGAGACCUGAACAAGAAGGUCGCUGCCGGGAACAUAAAGCCAUGCUUUGGCAAAGACUUUGUCGAAAAAGACCUCGAAAAGUUACAGAUGAAUGAGCUCGAAGCUGCGUUCCACACGGGACACUUGAUUGAAGCAGGAGCCGAGACGACUUCCGCAGCAUUGAACAGCCUUCUUCUUGCUUUGACCUUGUAUCCUGAGGCCAGCAAAAAGGCCCAGGAGGAGCUGGAUAGGGUGGUGGGCCCCAACCGGCUGCCAACUUUUGAGGAUCAAGACAAACUCCCCUACCUCAAGGCCCUUGUCAAAGAAGGCCUCCGGUGGCGGCCUCCUAACCAGUACGGCAUGCAUCACGCUGUCGUCGAGGACGACUGGUACGAGGGCAUGUUCAUACCCAAAGGCGCAGUAGUCAUGUUAAACUGGUGGGCUAUUCACUUCAACCCAGAGGUGUGGGAGAAUCCAUACGAUUUUCACCCCGAACGAUACCUGGGUCACCCGUCGCCUGCAGCAACUUAUCUGAACGCUUCUGACCCUUCAGCAAGAGACCAUUUCGCCUAUGGAGCGGGAAGGCGUGUCUGUCCGGGUAUACACGUGGCGGAGCGCUCCAUGUUCAUCAACAUUGCUCGAAUUCUCUGGUCGUUCAACAUUUCCAAAAAGGUAGUUGAUGGUAAAACUAUCGAACCAGAGACACUGUGUGUUCCAGGAUGGUUGUCGGUGCCGCAAAAAUUCGAAUGCUCCAUCAUCCCCCGCUCCGAGAAGCACGCAGAAGUCAUCAGAAGAGAGCAUGAAUUGACCAAAAAAGACAUCUGAUGCUGCUGUGGAAUUAGGGGAUUGGGUAUCCAUGACUUCUACAACGAGGAUGUGAUUUUGAUGGUAUCAGGUUGUGUUUGACCGUGGCGGCUGUUGAGUUGUCAAAGGGCAAGAAUUUCGGUGAAAAACGAGAUAACGAGGACUCGGACCCGUACCUCCCGUCUAUGGAUAUUGACACCACAUGCAUACCAGGUCGUGAAUAGUCUAGUCAGAGACUUGAGUGUUCUGUGUCUCCUGAGUCCCUCGUCUUAUCUCCUCAUUAUCUCCAGAGUGGAGCAAUUGACGGCUAUGAUCCUUGUGAAGCAAAUGAAGUGGGCGCAAUCGUAGUAGACUGAGGCUUC